UCUGUCCACUGUCAACAAAUAGAAAACAAUUUGUUUUUUUUUUGGUUUUAAACAAAUUUCUUUUUGCUAUAAACGAAUGGCGGCUGCAUAAGCGCAAAAAAAAAAACAACAGUAGAACAAGGCCAUGGCAGCGUGUGUGCUUUGUUUUCGCUGCUGCAACAAUGCUGAAUCCUAUCAAAUAUUCUCCGAGCUUGGUGUGCGGCUUAACAUUUGCCAAACAAUAAACAAACAUUUUUGGCUUGAGUUGAGCAGCGCAACUGGUGAGCAUGCACAAAUAUGUCGCCAAUGCUGGGAGUGCGUGAGCAGCUUCAAUGAAUUCUAUCAGCGAGUUUACAAUGCCCAUCAGGAGAGACGCUGCGACGUGAAGAAUGUGCACAUUGAGUUUUGUGACGAAUCGGAGGCAGCAAAUCCAUUGGCAUUUGGCGGUGAACUAGAUGCACUGGCUGAGGAUUUCUUUGCCACUGGCGAUGUCAAAGUGGAGGUGAACGAACUCGAGCCGCUGCCAAAGCUGGAAAUGCUCGAAGAGCAGUUACUGGAGGAGAAGAGCUCAGCUGCAAAAAGAGCAAGUACUGAGUAUCCAGCGAGUGCUAAGCGACGCAUUAAAAACGAACAGUCUACCGUCGGCAGUGAUUCCGAUGGCGACAUACCAUUAGCGGAGUUUUUGGAACAAAAAGCAUCUGCACCGAAGGCUGUCAAAGGACAUCAGUUACGUCGCAGUUCGCGACGUGGACGACGGUCAAAAACACCGCCGGCAUCGCCGACCAGCUGCAUGAAAAACGAGCAGGACUCCGAAGAUGACAAUGACAAUGACAUGGACUUUGUGGCUGCGGAGGCAGUGCUGGGAACUGAGGAUAGCGCCAGCUCGAGUGAAAGCAGCGACACCGACUCGGGCAACAGUUUGCCGGACAUUGAGCCAGAGGAACGCUAUGCAGAGAUACCCAAACGUGUUGUAGUCAAGCCGAAGAAGUAUCGUAAACGUCCUAAGCCUCUGAUUCCACCUGUUCGAAUGAGCCGCGAGGAGAUUGAGAAGCGGAAAGCGCAACAAAACGAGUUCGAUGAGAUCAUAUUUGAUUUCUUCAAGAAGCUGCCAUGUCAUGUCUGUAAUCUACUGGUGCCCAAUUUCGGGGACAUGCGUCGCCAUCAGCGCAUGUCCCACAACAUUGAGAGUGGAUUUAUCGCCUGCUGUGGUCGCAAAUUUCACAUACGCCGCGCAUUGGCCGAACAUGUUCUGGUCCACAAGAAUCCUGAGCACUUUAUGUGCACACAAUGCGGUCGCAUAUUCCAAGAUUCCAAAACACUCGAGACGCACGAACAAACGCACACGAAUCCGCAAUCGGAUGCAAAGGAUAAACGCAUGUAUCAAUGUGAUAAAUGUCCCAAAUGCUUUACUACAAAGGCUGCUGUGGAGUAUCACAAUGUGUCCAAGCAUGUGCCCAAGUCGGAUUUCAAAUACACCUGCCCAGAGUGCAAUAAGAAAGUGCCCACGGAACGGAAGCUCAAGGAACAUUUACGCUAUAUGCAUGAUCCAGAAACUGCCAUAAUUUGCGAUAAGUGCGGCAAGACGUUGCGCUCUCAGGCGAACCUUAAGAAACACCAUGAAUUGGAGCAUUCCGAUAAGCCACGACCCAAGCCCGAUCCCGUGCAAUGCGAAAUAUGUGGCACUUGGCUGCGCCACUUGUCAGGGCUUAAGCAGCACAUGAGCACGGUGCAUGAACCGCCUGGUGGUGAGCAUCGAUGCCACAUCUGUGACAAGAAGUCCACGAAUUCGCGAGCGCUCAAACGCCAUAUAUACCACAAUCAUCAGUGCGAGCGAAAGUUUCGAUGCACUAUGUGCGAGAAGGCGUUCAAGAGGCCACAGGACUUAAGAGAGCACACGUCUACGCACACAGGCGAGGUUCUGUACACCUGUCCGAAUUGCCCGCAGACGUUCUUCUCGAAUGCCAACAUGUACAAGCAUCGGCAGCGCUUGCAUCGUGCCGAAUGGGAGGCGGAUCGCAAGAAGCCACUGCCACCGAACAUAAUGCAACAAGCAGUGGGUGCCACAACGGCCAUGAAGAAGCGACAAACCGCUGAGUCCACCUCUGCUUCUACCCAGAAUCAGGAAACAAACAACUGCAACAAUAGUAAUAGUAUUUAA